AUGCAGAAUAUCGCCUUCGAUCAGUAUCAGAUAGCUGAUCAUCAACCUGAGGCACCAACAAACUUAAAUUCGAAAAGCGAAUGGGACGAUCUCAUACCUUUUUUGACUGCAGCAGAUAAUCAGUUCCUGUGGGAUAACAACCAAAGUAACUUCGAUCUGGGGCCACUGCAGUUGGACCAAGUACCGCUGCCCAACCCAUUUAUAGGUGUCUUAGGCGCGGACACAGAUAACCUGGCAAAUCUGGACCUGGAUAAACUAAAUAGCCAGCUGAACAGUGCCAUAAAUAACAUGCAUGAUCCUAUAAAUUACACCUUUCAGGAUCAUAUUGAUGUGCAAAAAGUUCUAAACUAUGAUCUAUUGCUGCCAUUAACCUCACUACCAGGCAACACAUCCAGUGCGACCAUCAACGAUUUUAUACCGGACUUCAAUCUUGGCGUCCCGACUGUUAACCCGAAUGCAUUAACAUCACACGAUACGGAAUACUUUUCGAAGACUGCCCCUGACAAGGUUUCGACUCAGGUUGAGGCAAAUAUGUCAACCAACAUUUCACAACCCCCCGCGGCUGGGUCGAACGAAAGAAGUGACACCCAACUUUUGGAAAACGUGUCAACAUCGGACACGCAGAAGGAAGCAAGUACCCCUACUACACCGCACAAUAUAAUUCAUCAAAGCUCUCCUCCCGACUCGUCCGCUGUGGUGAUAGAUCUCUGCAGGAUGGAACUAUGGCAACGCUUCCGGAGAGAGGGAACAGAGAUGAUAACUUCAACAAAAGAGAAGACCAGUGCUGGAAGUGGAACUCGACUGUUGGCAAAUGGGAGUUGA